AUGGACGGUGCAUCAGGAAAGCUGCAGUACUGGAGGCUUUAUCUGUUGACAUUGGUGUUGGGAAUUGGAGGAUCUUUUCAGUAUGGGAUUCAAGUUUCAGUCAUCGCUUCUCCAGCUGUGCAUGUUCAGAGUUUUGUGAACUACACGUGGCUGUCCAGGUACGGGACCCCUGUUGACGAUUCUACAAACCAGCUCAUGUGGUCCUUCAUCGUGGCCAUACUGAGUCUUGGAGCCUGGGCUGGGGCCGUACACAGCGGCAGCCUGCCUGUCACUUAUGGCAGGAAAAAAGCUCUGUUGUUCAACAAUGUAGUGGCAACUGUUGCUGCUCUUCUCAUGCUCUUCAGUCGCAUGGCCAAGUCGUUCGAGAUGAUCUUCUUUGGGCGAUUUCUCUAUGGAUAUAAUGUUGGUCUUGGUCUAAGUGUACACCUCAUGUAUAUCGGGGAAUGUUCGCCAAAGAAGCUCAGAGGCUUCCUGACACUUACCUGUUCAAUCUUCAUUGGAUUUGGAAAAAUAAUGGGUCAAAUCAUUGGCAUCAAGGAGAUGAUGGGUACAGAGGAGAUGUGGCCGUUUCUCUUAGCUAUAAGUGGUGUUCCAGCCAUUCUGCAGUUUGUGACCCUGCCUUUUUUCCCUGAGGCACCUCGCCACCUUUACAUUGACAAAGGAGACACUGAAGGCAGUAAAAAAGCCUUACAGUGGCUGUGGCAGGAGGACGACUUAAAGCAGGAGCUUGAGGACAUGGAGAAGGAGAGACAGAGCACACAGGGAGAGAAGAAGAAGACAGUGAUGGAUGUCCUUACCUCACGCUGUGUGAGGUGGCAGCUGCUGACUCUGGCCAUCCCCUGUGCUGGCGUUCAGUUCUGUGGCAUCAAUGCACUGUAUUUCUAUGCCUUUGACAUCUUCCAUGAGUCAGGAGUACCUGAGGACCAGAUGCAUUACUUGGCCAUUGGCAUUGGGGCUACUGAGCUCAUCGGUGUCACACUAUGUUCUUUCCUAAUAGAUCGUGCAGGCAGAAAGAAGCUGAUGGGUUACGGCUAUCUGCUGAUGGGCAUCACCAUGUCUGUGCUCACCGCCAUGCUGUCUAUAAAGCAUUUGAAUUCAUGGAUCCCGUACGUGAACAUCGCUCUGAUCUUCUGUGUAAUCUGUAUUUAUGGACUUGGACCUUCUGGAGUGUCUAUGGCCCUCCCUGCUGACCUCUUCCUACAAGCCUGGCGUCCUUCUGCGUACGUCAUCAGUGGGACCAUCAACUGGCUGGGCAUGUUUCUGAUAGGGAUGUCGUUUGGCUUCAUUGUGGAAGGACUCGGGCAGUUCUGUUUCCUGAUCUUUGUGGCAUACUCUGUUUUUAGUGCAGCGUUUCUGUUAUUUUUCGUCCCAGAGACCAAAGGGAAGACGAUGGUGGAGAUUACAGAGGACUUCAACAAACUGAACUACAAGAACAGGGCUGCUGAUGCUGAGAGGACUGAAAUAGAUCUUGCAACUAAAUUCUAA